UUCAGAUCAGUCACGGCAGCAGUGUCAUGAAAGUCAGCUGCCAGACAACGUGGGUGUUGCUUCAUGUAUCAGUCCGGCAACUUUUCCCCAAAGGUCAUGUGGCCAGUCCUGAGAGACGAUGGAAGUUAUGAAAUAGUGAGUUUUUUUUUUUUUCAGACCCUGCCUCCCCAACUCCCCACCGUCAGUGGUUUGAUACGAAUAGUAAUCUUAUCUCUCUUGUCUUAACUCAUUUGUUGACUGUUGGCUGUGGCGUGAACACGUACCUCUGAUAACAUCACCUGGCGGCGCUGGUGACGCGGAGUAAGCCUGCAGCACACGGCAAUAACGAUGUGAAUCAAUGAAAUCUCUUGGAAAACUCAAGAGCUCAGUCAACCGCACUCAACCCUCGCCACCGUUCUCAACCCUGAGGUCCAGCAGCUUGAGAUGGAACAACGAGGCGGAGUUUGACGUGCGUCGUGGCCGCUGUGGCAGCAAGGCAGAGGCAGGCAGCCUGAAGGAAGGGCAACAGGCGAGGCAGGUAGCCUAAAGGAAAGGCAGCAGUCGAGGGAGGCAGCCUGAAGGAAGGCCAUCAGGAGAGGCAGGCAACCUGAAAAGCAGCAAGACAGAGGCCUGAAGGAAGCGGAGCAGGCGAGGCAGGCUGCCUGAAUCAUGGACGACAGUUUGGAGGACUGCCCUAUAUGCCAUAUCACAUUUGACGACACCCUCAGGCGGCCACGCACUCUACCAUGUGGCCACACUCUCUGCACGCCGUGCAUUAAUGAACUCAAGGAACAGGGUUCCGUCAAGUGCCCCAUAUGCAGGGCGAGUCACGCCGUGCCCGAGAUGGGGCAGUUCCCCAUCUCCUAUAUUACAGAGGGUUUUAUCAAGAGACUGAGAGGAUCGGCCUCUCUGCCACCCAAGCCAGGGAAGCAGGCACCCCCUCCAGUGACACAGCCUUCACCAAAGGCGAUAACGGGACUCAGCAGGAGGGCACAGUCUUUGCUGCAGGAGCAAGAGUUGAAGGUCUUGGCUGCCAUCCGCUCCUGCGAAGAGGAGCAGAGCCAGCUGGCCGAUUAUCUGACAACUCUCAUUGGCUGGGAUAGUCGCCAGCAGCGGAUGGAAGACGAGCUGCAGACAUUGGUGGACCAGAGCAAGAGUGCCCGAGAGGUGGUGCGCCGCGAGGUGUCCCGGGUGAAGGGAAAGCAGGAGGAGGUGCAGCAGAGGGAGCAGCAGCUGAACGCCACGCUGCAAGCGCUGCGCAUGGCCACAACACGUCACGAAGCUUAUGAGAUCAUUGAGGAUGCAGCCCAUCUUGCGGAGGAGGAUAGUCAGAGGACAAAGGAUUUCCUGGGAAUGUUUCCCGACGUCCACGCCGUCACCACCGUUGCCAAGGUGGCAGAGGCAUCCCGCGCAGCCCUGCAGGCAGCUGCCGCCGCCUCAGCUUCCAUACAGGCAGCCCUGGAGGCAGCGGGCACUACUGCUGCAGCUGUGGGGGAUUCCAGCCUCCCGGCAACCUUAGCCGAGGCCUCCUCCAUCGCAGACAGGCUGCAGGUCUUGCUGACGCCGCCUCUUACGACCGAGGAUCUGUUUAGCCUGAGGCAGCCUGCUAAGGGCAUGGUGGAGGCUGGCCUUGUCUUCGCCGUCCACGAGGUGGAGGGACGGAGUCGAUACGCAAGAAUCAGCCUUGAAGACGGCCGCCUGCAUCUUCACUCCCUGCAGGCCCAGGCACCGCCCUCCUGCGCCGUCACCUUGCAGAUGGUGGAAGUGGUGCCGGCCGGCCCCCCUUGCGAGGUGUUCAUGGACCUGGAGUGGCCCGGCAGCGCCGCGCGGCGGGUGGUGGUGAGUCUUCCCCAGUACACACCCCUAGGCCUGCAGUUCGUGCUGCUGUGCUCGGGCCAGCGGGGUGCCUGUUACGCCAACUCCAGGCUGUUUGAAGUAUGGGAUCAAGGACGGCCUGGGGAAUAUGUGGUUGGAGGAGAUUACCAGACAGGUAAUGGGUGGGGAGGAGCCGCCCUGCUGCCUCACCUUGACCAGGGGGAGUAUUGGCAGUCAGGCCAGGCGGGGGCUGUGGGGGGAUGGUGGGGAGGUGACUCUGCCCAGGGAGCUCAGUUCUACAUCACCACACGGGACCAUCGGCCUGGUGUUCAGUAUGAUAUCUUUGGUAAGGUGGUGCGGGGCCUGGAGGUGGUGGUGGCAGCAGCCCGACACCGCCCCAUUACUGAGGUGACUGUGGAGCAGUGUGGCGUGCUGCUGUCACGGUAGUGCUGCACCCACACCACAACACCACACCACACCACGCAGCCAUAAAAGGAGUUUUUUUUUUUCCGUGUGUGUGUGUGUGUGUGUGUGUGUGUGUGUGUGUGUGUGUGUGUUUUAAUGGAGAUGAAACAAGCUAACAACAAAACAAACAAAUGCACACAUAAACACACAAUCAAGCAAACACAAACAAACACACACACACACACACACACACACACACACACACACACACACACACACACACACACACACACACACACACACAC